CUUCCCCGCCCCUCCCCCGCCCUCCAGUCCCUCCCAGGGACGGCUGCGCGGAGCUCUUAGGAACGCGGUGGCGGCUGCACUUUCCCGGGCCGGGGCUGGAGCAAGGUUCUGCUGCCUGCACGGCGGGGAUUCCCGAGCCUGAGGGAUCCGUUUAUUGAAACAGAAGGAGGGAAUCCCAGGUUGCCGAGCGCACGCAACCCGCUCCGCGCCGGUGGGGCAGCCCUUCAGCUUCUUGUGCGCGGAAACCCGGGAGGGUGCGGUGGGGGUCCCCUGAGACCGCCGCUGGCCCCUAGGCACUAGCGGGACCGCUCAGGGAGCGCCCCCCGAAGUCAGUCCCGGGGCCGGAGGCUCCGACUUGCUCCCGCGCAGCGGGCGCCGGGUAGCGCAGAGGGAGGAAGCGAGAGGGGCCACCCUCCUCUCGGAGUUGGAAGCUCCUUCCCCGGUACAAAAUGCCUAAAAAGAAGCCGACGCCCAUCCAGCUGAACCCGGCCCCCGACGGCUCUGCGGUUAACGGGACCAGCUCCGCGGAGACCAACCUGGAGGCUUUGCAGAAGAAGCUGGAAGAGCUGGAGCUUGAUGAGCAGCAGCGGAAGCGCCUUGAAGCCUUUCUGACCCAGAAGCAGAAGGUGGGAGAACUGAAGGAUGACGACUUUGAGAAGAUCAGUGAGCUGGGUGCGGGCAACGGCGGUGUGGUGUUCAAGGUCUCCCACAAGCCGUCUGGCCUGGUUAUGGCCAGAAAGCUAAUUCACCUGGAGAUCAAACCCGCAAUCCGGAACCAGAUCAUCAGGGAGCUGCAGGUUCUGCAUGAGUGCAACUCCCCGUACAUCGUGGGCUUUUAUGGUGCAUUCUACAGUGAUGGGGAGAUCAGCAUCUGCAUGGAGCACAUGGAUGGGGGUUCCUUGGAUCAAGUUCUGAAGAAAGCCGGAAGAAUUCCUGAACAAAUUUUAGGAAAAGUUAGCAUUGCUGUAAUAAAAGGCCUGACAUAUCUGAGGGAGAAGCACAAGAUUAUGCACAGAGAUGUCAAGCCAUCCAACAUCCUAGUCAAUUCCCGCGGGGAAAUCAAGCUCUGUGACUUUGGGGUCAGCGGGCAGCUCAUUGAUUCCAUGGCCAACUCCUUCGUGGGCACAAGGUCCUACAUGUCGCCAGAAAGACUCCAGGGGACACAUUACUCUGUGCAGUCAGACAUCUGGAGCAUGGGACUCUCUCUGGUAGAAAUGGCAGUUGGGAGGUAUCCCAUCCCUCCUCCAGAUGCCAAGGAGCUGGAGCUGAUGUUUGGGUGUCAGGUGGAGGGAGAUGCAGCUGAGACACCACCCAGGCCCAGGACCCCCGGGAGGCCCCUUAGCUCAUAUGGAAUGGACAGUCGACCUCCCAUGGCAAUUUUUGAGUUGUUGGAUUACAUAGUCAAUGAGCCACCUCCAAAACUGCCCAGUGGAGUAUUCAGUCUGGAAUUUCAAGAUUUUGUGAAUAAAUGUUUAAUAAAAAACCCUGCAGAGAGAGCAGAUCUGAAACAACUCAUGGUUCAUGCUUUUAUCAAGAGAUCUGAUGCUGAGGAAGUGGAUUUUGCAGGGUGGCUCUGCUCCACCAUCGGCCUUAACCAGCCCAGCACACCAACCCAUGCAGCUGGUGUCUAAUCUUUUGGGAAGCAGCAAAGAGCAAAUCCUCUGCCCAGUGGUGUGCCACGUUGCUUUUGGGCCUCUCCCAUGCUUGUCUCUGUUCAGACGUGCAUUUCACUUAUGACAAAGGAUGAAGAACACAGCAUGUGCCAAAACUGUACUUGUUGUCAUUUUUAAUAUUACUGUCUUUAUUAUUACUACUGUUAUUUCCCUAAGUGGAUCGGCUUUGUGCUUGGGGCUGUCUGUGUGUAUGUUGAUCAAAACACAUGCCACGCUGAAAUACAGUGACACUUUGGUGACUGUGGGUAGUCAUUCUUACUGACAUUUGCACUGCUGUUCCUGCUCCACGACUUGCUGGCCACCUGUAUCUUCAGGAUUCUUGAACACUUGGUGGUACUUCAUUUUUGCCAGGUGUACCUUCUCAGUUUGAGCUGGAGGGAGCCUUAUAAGAUCCUUCACAGGCAGUGCAUGUGAAGCAUGCUUUGCUGCUAUGAAAAUGAGCAUCAGAAAGUGUACAUCAUGUUAUUUUAUUAUUAUCAUCUUUUGCUUUUGAUGUAGAAUUCAGCAGUUCCAUCAAAAUCUAGCCAGAGCCCUUCACUGCCAUGAUAGCUGGGGCUUCACCAGUCUGUCUACCAUGAUUUGUAGACUUCUGGUUGUAUUUCUAUAUUUAUUUUUAAAUAUACUGUGUGGGGUAGUAAGUGGUAUAUGUAUCAUUAAGUUUAGUGUUUCUAAAAUGGUGGAGUUACUUUGAAUGUCACGAAUGAAUCAAGGCAUUAAAAUAUGUCAGAUUUCUAUCUUCCCCCAAUCCAAGUACCAAUGCUAUUGUAAACAACGUGUAUAGUGCCUAAAAAAAAAAAAAUGUAUGAAAACCCUUUUAAUCAUUUUAAU